AUGAAACUUCUACCACUGCUUGUUCUGAUUCUAUCUGGUCUUUCUAUUGCUCACGUAACACCUUCUUCUGAAGUUUGCAAGGUAUCGAAAUUUUCAGAAAAUUAACAAAACUCAGUCUUUUUUGUAAUGCCACUUCCCGUUAAACCGCAAACCGCUACCCCGUGACGUCAUCUUGCCCUGAAACGUCGCACAAGAAAACUUAUUAAAUACGACGUGUAAACUUUUCGAGUGACAUAAGAAAAAAAAAGGAUGAGACAAUUUAAAAUAUGAUAAAAAGAACUAAUGCCAAUUUCAAAAUCCCAAAUAGCCGUCAGUGAAGGAAAGAGAUAACUAAAUUUUGGCGAGUCAGAGAUAACUUUGCAUUUCGCGGGAACUACUCUGAACACGGCGUAAUAAGAGUCAUCUCAUUUUUUUAUGAGAUUAAUCAAACUUCAGUUUGAAAAAUUGAAUAUAAUGGAAAAAAAAUAACUAAAAAAAUUUUACAGGCCUCCCAUUCUUCCGAUUUUUCACGAAAUUGAAUGAAAAUUCAAAAAAAAAAAAAUUUGACUCGUGUAUUUUUCUUUCUCGAACUGAGGUCAUAAAUCGACGUCAGGGAGUAGCGGUUCGUUAUUCAAGCUAACAAAAAAGAGGCACAGAUAAUAAAGGGAAUGCAAAAUAUCUUUAUCUCAACCGAAAGCUAUAUUUAAUCAUCAUUUUCCCCCUGAGAAGCAUUUUUGCGAUCAAAACUCUUAAAUUUAUACAUAUAUAGAAAGUUUUCAUAACGAAAAAAACUUUAGUUACAACAGAAAACAUUUAAAUUUGAAAGAAAAGGAGGGAAAAAAGCGAAAAUCGGAAAAAUUGCGAUCCUUGUUGUCCAUAGAGCAACUUUACUGCCAGGCGCACUUUUGGCGGGAGUUUAAAAUUUUUUCUCUCUUUGAAUUAUUUUUUUUUCUCUUACACGUGUUAAAAACUAGAAAGUUCUCUACGAUUCGAAAUAGAUCGUUCGCUACGCAAUGAAGAUUUCUACAAAAUGUUAUACUUGCCUCAUACCCUAUUUUCAACUGUCUAAUGCUUCUAAGAUCAUUAAAAAGAAAAAAUGAAUUGCAGGACAUCGGCGAAAACGGCUGGUUUGAAGGAAGCGAGGUGCUUUUCGACGAAGAUUGUCAAACCGGAGUUCCGCCUCAAAUUUGCAACACAGAUGCACUCAAGUGUAGCCACGGGAAGUGCUGCGUCUGUGAGUUUGGUCAUCCCAAGAACUUUGCUACCGUGCUUCUAGCACAUUCUGUCUGCGGACGCGGGUCUGCGCUGCUCGGAGACGCGCCGCAGAUGUGCCGCAAAGAGACUGACUGCCUUGGUUACGGAAUCAGUUCAGUGAUGAGUGCCAAAUGUGUGGAGGUUCGUCAUACUCGGAAUGGCUUUUUCUCUUUGCGGACUUGCUAGAUUAGAUUUUAAAAAUAUCCAAAGAAAGUGUAAAAGAAAAUACGCCGUUAAAGCAGUCAUGAGCAAGUCAGAUAUUUUGCACUUUAAAUCUGGAGAACUCGUAGUUUAUUUCUUCAAAGUGUCAUCAAUCUCUCAAACAGUACGUGUGCCACAACUUGAAAUUGCACCGAACGACAUUCCGCUGUUCCGCUGCGUGCGUUCGCGAAGCGUCUUUCGAAUCUAGGUCACGCUUUCAAUUGAUAGUUAUUGCUGUGGGAGCGCAUGAAAGUAGAGAACCUUAAUGAAAGAAAAAAAUUGAAAGCGCGACCGAGGUUCGCAAAGGCGCGCAGCGGCACAGCGGAAUGUCGUUUGGUGAAAUUUCAAGUCUUGGUACACAGGAUGAUUGAACAUUUUCUAGUUAGACGGAGUUCACUGAAAAUAUAAUUAAAAGUUGCAAUAGCUUCAAGUCAUUUUUUUUUUGCAGGGUGUCUGCUGCCGUGAGAAGAUCGUUAAGCUAAAAUUUGAUCCGACUGGUGGACGUUUGAUAAAAUAUUUCUGACUUUUUUUUUGUUUCAGGGUGCGUACAGGACAAAAUUCCUUCAUAUUGCGAUUGCAAUGAGAAUGGAUGUAUAUGCGCAAAACCAGAUUACUCAUGCUAUCAGUUUAAGAAAGGCAGCCACAGGACCUGCUGCAGUCAGUUAUUUCUUACAACAAAAAAUAAAAACAAAAAUAUAUAAUUUGAUUAAAAGUAUCGAAAAAGGUCUUUUUAUUUUUUUUUUAUCUUCUUUCAACCAAAGGCCAAUCGAGGUAUCCACACAGAAAAUUUUUAGUGGCCACUAUAGGGUUUUGACGUUUCAGUGGGCACAUUAGUAGUCAAAUUAGUGGCCAAUUGAGGGGUUUAAAAUUAGCCACUAUAGAGGUCUAAGUGCUACUAAUAGGCCAAUAAAAGUUUUAGUGGCCACUUUCAAGGAUCAACAUAACUGUUUGUUUUAAAAUUAUCAGAGUUAUAGUUUGUGUGCCACGACUUGGAAUUUCACCGAACGACAUUCCGCUGUUCCGCCGGGCGCCUUUGCGAAUCUCGAUCGCGUUUUCAAUUUUUUCUUUCAUUCAUUUUCAAAUAUUCGCAGUGGAACGGUCCAUCUAUCAGCAAUAAAAAUAGUCUGGAAGGGUGACCUAGAUCCGCAAAAGCAAAGACGCUUUGCGACGCAGCGGAACAGCGGAACGUCGUUCAGUGAAAUUUCAAGUCGUAGCACACAGACAAUACCAUAUCGCUAUUCAAUUUUUUAGUCCACUAUUUUAGCUAUUUCUGUGAAUAUGGUAUAGAUAUGGACCAGUGUAGCACUGCCUGUUGGAUUUCAUUCUCGGUUCUUUCCCCUGAUUUUGUUAUAUGCCAAUAUCCUCCAUUGAGUUUUAUAGGAAAUAUUUUGUGCAAAACUGGAUUGCUGCCGGGAUAUCAUACUUCUAAAAAAGUAAUCAAAAUGUACCCAAGAAAUGAGGAGGACCUGCGGACGGGUUACAUGGAAGCACAUCAACUUUGCAGUAAUUUUUAAUUUUAUUUUACUCUCUUGGUUUAAAGAAUUCUUAAAUUUUUUGCAGGUAUCCCGCUGCCUAGUGAAUUACGGAAAUUCAUUAAGGGAUACGAGGAGUUUUUUGCUGACAGCGUGGAGUACCACGCUCGAGGCUUCAACAAAUCCCAUCCUUCUUUGUUGCCCACAUGUUCAUUAAACAAAGACUGCUCUAAUGGCAGUUAUUGCGAUGAUAUUUACUCCCAAAGAAAAGAUGAAUCGAGAAAAGCUUGCUUUGAACGUGAGUUUUUGCAUUCAACCUGAGACGCCUUGAGAAAAGCUAGCGGCCCGUUUUUUUUUGACUUUAGUCUUUCCAGCAUAUUAAUAAAAUUUUCAUUUCGAUGAUAAACUUUUUUUGUUAUAUUAUUCUUUGAUGACGAUCAAUUAGAAAUCGACCUCCAGAUUUCACAAAAAAAAAUUUCUCGCAUUAGAACUGGCUUUCGAGCUGAGAUACUUCAAAUGCUGGAAACAGCGCUUUUUCGUCAUAAUUUGCGUAUUUUGCAAACUUCUAUUUGAUUUUCGUUUUAUAGCUUGUGUACCACCAAUUGGAAUUUCACCAAACGACAUUCCGCUGUGCCGCUGCGCGCCUUUGCGAACCUUGGUCGCGCUUUUAAUUUUUUUUUUUCUUUUUUUUUAAGGCACUCUACUUUCAUGUGCUCCCACACCAAUAACAAUCAAUUGAAAGCGUGACCGAAAGACGCUUCGCGAACGCACGCAGCGGAACAGCGGAAUGUCGUUCAGUGAAAUUUUAAGUCAUGACAGACUAUAGCUGGAAGUAUUUGAAACACUUUCAAAUGAACUUUUGGACUCUGUCCGAAUUCCUAGUGAUGCGCUAACGCCUCAAGGCGUUUCAGUCGUUUGAAGUUAAAGAGAAUGCUUGGCAAGUAAGUCUUCAUUCCUAAUGUCAUUUUUUUUCGCGCCGAAACUGUACGGCAAGGUAGUUUUGGACCCUCUGCAGUCGGGAUUUUUCCAUUGUGCCAGUUCGGCGGAUUGCAAGGGCCUGAACCAGUACUGCUUCAUCGGUUCCAAGACUUUUAACAGGCUUAAAGGGAUUUGUUUGGAAGGUUGGUUGGACUGACGUCGCCCCCUUCGUCACGAUAAAGUAGUUGAAAAUUUUUUUUCGAGCUGCUAUUUCUGAAAAAAAACUAAAUCGAGUGAAAACCGCUUAUGAGGUUCGAAAAGUUAAAUGCAUAAGGGCAGUAAAAAAAAAACAAGGUUUCAGGUGAAAGCAGUAUCUCAUAUGGUUUUUCUUUGCGAAUCGAACGGUGGACUCAAAAAAAAAUUACAGAUGUGACUACCCGAAAAAAAAACGCGAUUUUACUUUCCCGCCUUUAAUUUUGAAAAAAGCUUCGGAUCGGUGCUCGGACAACUGAUUUACAGUAGCUGUGCACGCGACGUUGCGGACGUCUCAUUAGACUCGCAUUUUGUGAAAAUAACCGGAUAUCUGUUUUAAGCCAAAGUUUUCUUUCCUAAAAAAUCAAUUAAGAAAACAAAAACACACCGAUAAUAAAGGAAACACAAAAUAUCGCUAUUCCAACCGAAAGCUAUAUAAAAUCAUCAUUUUUCACCAGAGAAGCAUUUUUGCUAUCAAAGUUUGCAAAUUAUACAUGAAUAGAAAGCUUUUGUGACGAAAGGAACUUUGGUGACAACAGAAAAAAUUGAAAAGUGAAAGAAACGAAGAAAAAAGCGAAAAUCCGGAAGAUGGCGAAGCCUGUUGUCCAUAGAGCAACUUUACUGCAAAAACCCCUUUUUGGCGGGAACUCAAACUUUCCUCUCUCCGACUUUGAAUUAUUUUUUCUCCAAAACUAGGAACUUCUGUACGUUUCUAAGUUCACCGUUCGAUUCGCAAUGAAAAGCUCUACAAAGUACUGAUUUGAACUGAAACACCGUUUUUUACUGCCCCCGGUCAUUUUACACAAACGUCAGUUUUUUGCGAAACUACUUUGAACGACUGAUUUUCAUUUCCAACAAUGGCUUCCACCUUGGGAGCGGACACACACUAUUUUUUUUUUUAAUUUAUUGAUUUAUUUAAGUGGAGCAUGCAAAGUUCUGCGAAACCAGCAAUGAGUGCGGAGCUGGCAAGUUCUGUAGCCAAAUCUUUGGAGAAGCCGACCGGUUUGGCGAUCCUCGAUUAUUGAAGAAAGUCUGCUACGACGGUUAGAAAUAAUCAAUUUUUCCCGAAUUGAAAAGCGAGGAAGACGGAGACGGGGGCGGGACGCGUAGCGUGCGCGUUCGCGGUUCUUGGCACUAGGUCAAUUCAACUGCUCGUGAAUAUUGGGAUAGUUCGUCUAUAGCUAGGGACCGCAGAGCCACGCCCACUUCGCUGUUCAAAAAACUUCGUCAUUUUCGUUGCAUUUUGGUUCUUUUUUAUAUUUUAAAACAGUUUUCUUGUACCGAUUUGGGAAAAAAUUGGGGGAAACAUACAAUCGGCUAUGCUUAACAAUCCUACAUAAAAGAAAAUAAUGAGAAAUAAGAAAUAAGAAUGUAUGACGACAGUUUUUAAAACGCAUUUGUGGCCGAAAACGGAUAAAAAUCCCGUUUUUUCUUGAAAGUUUCUGGGCAACUUUUUUUAUUCUUGAAUAUCAUAAAGCAACUAAAAAAACGCAUAUUCUGGCAAAAAAAUAAAAACAAUUCUAUGGUUGGCCUCAAAAAAAUAACGCAAUUUGAAAAAAACACGAUUUUUCGAAAUUCCUUAUUUUUCGAAAAAAACGCAAUCGAUAAUUACUGAUUAUAUUUUUUUAAACGGUUGUUUGCAGUUGUUUGCAAAUUUUAAAAAAAUAGAAAACUAAGUUUUUUUCAUCGAUUAUAUAGUUUAUAUGAAAGCUUAAAAUUUCGGUUUUUUUCGUAACGCUUUGAAAAACGGCCCAAAGCGUUCUGGGCAAGUUUUUUUAUUUCAUAAUAUCAAACAUUAGACAUUUCUCUACAACAUAUCAAAAAAAUAAAAAAAUUCCUAGGAUGGCCCGAAAAAGUAUGGUUUAUUUAAACGCUCGAAAGUUAUUUUUUUAAAACUGCGCGUCGCUGGAAAUCUGCAGACACCGCGAAGGCCACGAAAUUUUUUUCGAAAGCGUGAAGAAGGUUUUUUUAAAAACUAUUUAUGUAUUCUAUUCAAGUUUUUCUCAUUUUAUUGUGGCUUUAUAGUUGCUUUUUUUACUCAUUUCAUAAUUGGAAUCUUUUUUUCCUAUAUCAUUAUAUCCAUUAUAGCAGCGAGAAAAGUAUUAAAUUUCGCUUUUACUCAACUUUUUUUGAAUUUUUUCAGAAUGUCAAGUAAAGAAUUCUAAAAAAUUGUCUACGUACACUCCAUGUAGACGCACAAACUUUAGAGAAAAAUAAAAGAAGUAGAAAAUCAAAAGUAAAAACGCUUUCGCCCUUUUUUUUUUAAAAAAACUCUCUGAAAAAGGACUUGGUGAUUAUUUACAUACUUUUCAGUAAAUUUCUUAGUAGACUGUUACAUUUUCAAUUCGGUUUAAUGCUGUUCGUCUUUCGCAGAGGUCUAUUUUGUCAGUUAUUUUCUUUUUUUUACGAAAUGCAUUGAAACCUUCUUCAAAACUCGCUUUUCAGCAGAGUGAGUGCUUGAAGAGUAAGCUUAGGGACCGCAAGCCAUUUUUUCAGAACGAUUCAAAAAAUUUGUUUUUCACAUUGUUCGAUAGAAGAGACUGUUCAUUUUCAUAAUCCGUUUAGUUUUUGAAAAAAGCUCCACUAAGAAAAAAGUUAUGGCCAAAAAACGAGCGAGCGCGGCGUACAACUGGAGGCAAAAUCUCACGGUUUACCCGCUGCCGCACGCUUUCUUUUUAAAUGUUUUUGCGCGUUUCUGGACCGUUUUUAAUUUGGUUUUCUGUUCUGAGAGAUUGGCAGAACUGAGCUUAGCGUUUUUGGUAUAAAUCUUUUUGUACAAUCCUCAUAAGAAUUUUUUUGAUAAAAUAUCAAAAAAACUACCUAGAAAAAAAGAUCAAAGGGAUUUUUUUCAGCUUAUUUUUUUCUUUUUCUACUCAGAAAAAAAUUAUUAUCAUUCGAUUUGGAAGAAAAGAAAAAAAUGAAAAAGAAUGUUAUUUCGAAAUAAAAACAGGAAAAAAAGUGCAUUUUGACUCCGAAAAAAACGGCUCCUGCGACAUUUAAAAGGGGCGCAUCGGUGUGUUUGACGCAAACACUGCUACGGCCACUUGCACGAAAUCUUCCGAAAUUUCAAAAAAAUUGCCAUUUUUUUCUAGGUUUUCAAAGCCGUUAUUUUUUCGCGUCGAUCGAUUUUUUCAUAAUUUUUUUCAUUGAUAGAGUUUUUGAACGCUUAAUAACAUAAUCAAAAAAAUAUAGACGCGAUCCUAUUCUCUCAUGCGUCAACGAGGCAGGCGAAAAAAAGAAGGUUUUGGUAAAACUCAAAUAUAAUUUGAUUCGCUGUCCCAAUAAUUAUUUUUCAUUUUGAAUUUUUUUAUUUUUUUGGACACACUGUUAGUUUUUAAAUCAAAUAAAAAGUAUACCAUGUCGCUGAAAUUUUUUUCGCAUUUCAGCUUCAAAGUUUGGUGUCACUUUACAAGCUUUUAAUAUUUUUUUCGCGUCGGUAGAUUUUUUUCAUUUUUACUCAAAAAAAUAAAAGAAAGUGUUAAUGUAUAACAUACUUAAAAUUUAGAAGCGUUCCUCACUUGGUUUUUCUGAAACGCGACGAUUUUUGUGAAACUUGUCAGUUUUUUUCGUGUUAAAUCUUACUUUUUUUCGCUUAUUUUUUUGAAAAAAAUAAAUAGUUUUAAAAAUAUUCAGUCUUGUAGAGUGUUGUCGAUUACAUAGAUUAACAGAAACAGUUCAUUUCUAAAGUGGGACUUUAGCUACUAUAAACACCUCAAAACCGUUUUUGCAACAAAAAGAUCGUCAUUUUGGUGGCGUGAAGGGGCGGGGCUUUGCGCCCCCUAAGUAAGCUGAUAUUGAAAAAGAGCAUUAUUCAAUAGGAAAACUCUAAUAUUUCAUUUAAAACUUCUAAAAACUCAAAUAAAUAUGUUUCCGAAACGUCUCCUGCGUGAAUUAACGCACAGCAAGGAGCGCGCGGCAUCUAUAAACACGCCCCUUUUUCCUGCGACCCUGACGAAAGUUUCUACACAAAAGUGGUUCCCCCGAUUUCGCCACUUUUUUUGCUUAUAACUUUUUUCAUUUUUUUCAUAUUUUUUUCUUUUCUGUUUUUCGCAGUUAGCUCUCGAUUGCCAUCAGCUUUCUUUUUCAUAUAGGUUUCAACUUUAUAUCACUGACUUUGGAAAUUGGCCUGCGGUCCCUAUCUAUAGCUGCAUCACGGCUGGCUUGAGUCAUCAAAAAGGUUCCGACACGAUAAUAAAAAGAGAUAGUGAUCGAAUUCGUGCCGAGAACCGCGUUUUAUUGUUAAACUUUGGGAGGCGGAGAAGUAGGCGGGACGCUACGCGUUUUAUUUUUGGACGCUACGCGUCCCGCCUACUCUCCGCCUCCCAAAGUUUAACAAUAAAAAGAAAAGUAUAGAUAUUUAUGAAGAUUUUUUGCUGAGCUUGGAGAGAGAUUUACUCACUAGAGCCUUCAAAAUUGAUGGGAGAACGGAGUUAAAUUUCAUUACGUUCUAUGCAUCAUAGCUUCUAUGCUCAAGUCUUUUUGGAUUUGUAAGCCCCGACAUAAAAUCGCUUUAGUAGGUGAAGUUAUCAUCGCUAUUCAAAAAAGCAAUCUAUAGCUGAUUCACGGCUAGCUUGAGACGCUAAGGGGCGUGUCCUGUCUGCGCUCUCCACGAGCCAGGCGCUUUUUUCCGAAUGGCUCAAGCCAGCCGUGAAUCAGCUAUAUACAGUGCUGAAACAGAUUUAAAAAUAGUUUUAAAGGCCAUUUUUUUAAUCAAAAACUCAUACCAAAUCAAACAGUAUUGCUUUUUUCAAUAGUGAUGAUAACUUCACCUACUAAAGCGAUUUUAUGUCGGAGCUUACAAAUCCUAAUAAUAUUCCAAGGUUGUUUGGAGAUCUCGUGUCGAAACUCUUUUUUUUCGAGACGAAAAAGUCGAUUUUCAGGUCGAAGUAGCGAUUUUUGAACUUUUUUUUCUUCAAAUUUCAAGAACUAGGAAGAAUUUUCAAAAAAAAAGCACAUCUCGAACAACCCUGAUCCAUCCAACACAUGUAGGGAGUUUGAAGUGUCUUUUUCAGAUCCCAUUGUAGAAGAAGCAUUCUUAUAUAGGGACUUGCGCACCAACGAUCUCACUCUUUGUGAUUCUACUUGCGACGGGCUCGGAGCUGCAUGCUUCAUGUUGCCCAACGGGAUCAACGGUUUCAAAGGAGUUUGCACACACGGUUUUGCAUGUUCCAGCUAUUUUUUCUGCAUACCUUGCCUGAAAAAAGACUAACUAGACUUUUUUUUUCCGCUCUUACCGAAAAAUCCGGACUGCCAGUUUUUACGCUGAUCAAUGGAGCUCCGUGCAAAGAUGACGAGGACUGUCUUUGGUCGACAUAUUUCGUUGAAAUUAUCGAAGAAGAGCAAAAAUUUUACACGUACGCUUGAAGACUGUUGGUUAAGAUUUUGUCACUUUUCAGCAGAAACUGUAUCCCGCAUGAUUUUAGUUGGCUUUGUGUGCACUGUGAGUCCGGAAACUUGAUAAAAAGACUGAAAACCAUUGAAGGCAUAAAGGCAGUAAAAAACGGGGUUCCAGGUGAAAGCAUUAUCUUAUAUAGUUUUUGUUUGCGAAUCGAAUGAUGUAUUCAGAAAAAAUACAGAUGUGACUAAUUUCAAAGAAAAACGCGAUUUUACUUUCCCGCCUUUAAUUUUGAAAAAUGGAUCGGCAUACGGACAACUGUUUACAGUAGAUGUGCACGCGAUGUUGCAGACGUCUCAUUAGACUCGCAUUUUGUGAGAAAUAACCGGAUAUCUGCUCUAAGUCAAGGGUUUCUACCCUAAAAAAUUGAUUAAAAAAACAAAAAAAAAACACACCGACCAGAAAGGAAACACAAAAUAUCGCUAUAUUUUUUCUCCAAAACUAGGAAGUUCGGUACGUUUUCAAGUUCACCGUUCGAUUCGCAAUGAAAAGCUCUACAAAAUACUGUUUCGAACUAAAACACCGUUUUUACUGCCUCUAUGCCUUUGAUUAACAAAACUUACGCGUUCUAUAGAUGAUUGAUAGAUUUUAAAUUAGAGAACGAGAAAAUUUGGAGGCAGUUUUGUUCUUUGUAAUGGGAUUACAAAGAUCAGACAUUGAUUAUUUCUCCGAGAAACCGCUGAAAAUUAAUCUGAAGCAGCUGAUUAAAAUUUUUUGAACUCAAAAAAGUAAGCUUUUCUUCAACAUUUUCUUUUUUCUGUUGUUAGCUAGCUUUUUAGAAGUCCUCAAACAUAAUAGACCUUCGAACCUGCGUAGUUAUUGUAGAAAGAAUGUCUCUUUCCUUAUCGCGCCGGGAAUCUUUUUUUCGAUGGUUUAGGCCAGCCGCGAAUCAGCGACAUAUAAAGCCAUGAUUCGGCCCUCUAUCUCAACCACAAAAUUCAGAGCCAAACACUUUUUGCAGAUAGAAUCGAUGACAGCAGGUGUGAGGAAGGUAAAAAGGCGGCGCUCAUCAUAAACGGACUCUCUCAAGAUUGCAUUCUAAAAAGUCUGCCUCAACCGACUCAUUCUCCGCCGCCACCAAAACCGACACCCACGCCGCCACCGUCUACGACAGAGCCGCCUACGACUACACCUCCGUCUACUACAGCCCCAGAAGAAACAACCACCGAACCUGACGACGACGAUUUUGUAACGUCGACGACGGAGGAAAUGGUUACGACGGCUGUAAUAACCGAAGCUUCUUCUGCCUCCAAGGUUGGACGGCUUCCAUAUCAGAUAAAAACUCUGCAAUUUUUGACAGACAGAGGAAGAAGAAGACGGUCUUCAACCGAGGACUAUGAUCAUCAUUGCCGCCGUCGCUGCUGUCGGACUUUUCAUUGCAAUAGCCGCCAUCGCGGCAUUUGUGGUCGUGCGCAACAAGAAGGCCAAAGCCAAAAAUGUCAAAAAAGACAAAAAAGCCAAAAAGUCUAAGAAAGGCAAAAAGGCCGGGGGCAACUCGGGCACUGCCAAAACUACUGGGUCAUCGGUUGGUAUUUUUUUGGUUCACAAGUGGUUAUUCCGCAACAACAAAAAAAGCACUCAACUUUUUAGAAACUAAUUUAAAGUCAGUUUGAAUUUUUUUUUCCGAUAAUAUCACUUUCUCGGACAGUAAAGCCUUGAGAAGGCAUUUUUAAGUAACCUCGAAAAUGAAACGAAUUAUUUUGUCCUCAGAGGAGCGCACUAUUUCAAGUGUGCGUAGCCUUUUUCUCAUAGGAAGUCAUUCAGCAACGUCAUAUACAUAAUUUUUUUUGUUUCUAUUCACAAUAUUGUUUUCAGGAUCGAACCCAGUCUUCUUCGAUAGCUAUUUGA